AUGAACCCAGUGGACAUAGACCCAGUGCAACCCGAACCAGCACCCUACACUGUGGACCUAGGGAAGUGCCGAGCCUUCCUGCUGCAGUGCUCCUUGGUUUUCGAGCAACAGCCACGUAUGUGCACUUCAGACAGAUUAAAAAUUGCAUACAUCUUGGGGAUAUUACAAGGGGGUACCUUGGCAUGGGCCACCGCGAUCUGGUGCAACCGGCCGGAGGUCUGUUCCUCCUUCUCCUCCAUUGUCUCCGAAAUGAGGAAGGUCUUUGAACAGCCCAUUCACGGUCAAAAUCCCUGGGUAGCCUUGUCCUUAUCUCAGAGGCUUGAGUCUGUGAGUCUGGGCCAGGGGCUGAAGGUCCGGAGACAGUCUGUCCUGGAGUUGGACAUACACCAUGUUGCUCGACUGUCGGGACACGAAUAUCUCCGCCCGCCUCCCUGUCACCACUUGUGCCGUCAAUCACCGCGCUUCGGGGCCCCGAGCAACCUGUCAGCUGUCAGUUCCUUGGUGUCCCGGCAGCGGCAGAGUUCGUCCAGCGGCUGUCUGCGCUCCUGCCCCCACUCCGGGAUGGGCACGCCAACUCUCCUCGUCCUCUCCGCGCUGGGAGCCCUCCUCCAGGGUGACCUGGCAAGCGCCCCGGAGCCUGAAGUAGCCACGACACCCAUCCUGUACCCUUGGAGGCAGAGGGCCGGAGGAGAGGGACCGGCAAGGGUUCGGCGGGCCUGGGUCAUCCCUCCCAUCGCCGUCUCCGAAAACAGCAGGAAGAUCCCAUUCCAGCUGGUGCAGAUUAAAUCAGACAAGCUUUCCAGCAAAGUGAUCUACAGUAUUAAAGGGCCAGGAGUGGAUGAGGAGCCCAAGGGAAUCUUCACCAUUGAGCCAGACACAGGACUGGUCCUUUUGACCACAGUGCUCGACCGGGAAGAGAAGAGCAGUUACAAGAUCAAAGCUUAUGCUGUGGGUGAGACGGGAGCCCCGCUGGAAGAUCCCACUGAUCUGGAGAUCAUCGUCAUCGACCAGAAUGAUAACCGGCCCAUCUUUGACCAGCAGUGUUUUAUUGGACAUGUGCUUGAGGGAUCCGCUCCAGGCACACUGGUGAUGCAAGUGUCUGCAUCGGAUGCUGACGACCCUCAGACUGACAACGCUGCUCUGGGUUACUCUAUCGUGGGUGACGGGAAAGGAAUUUUCCGCAUUGAUCCAGUGACUGGGGAGAUCCGCACAGUUGGAAUAGGAUUGGAUCGGGAGAAUAUUUCAGUGUACAACCUGACUCUGCAAGUGGCAGACCUGGCUGGUAAAGGACUCUCCACCACAGCUACAGCCUCAAUCUUCAUCGAUGAUGUCAACGACAACCCCCCAGAGUUCACCCAGACUGAGUUCACUGUGGAAGUGCCGGAGGAUGUGAUGGGAGUGGAGAUUGCGGAGCUGACAGUGGAGGACAGGGACCAGCCCGGGACCCCCAACUGGAGAGUGAACUAUGCCAUCACACAGGGCAAUGCCCAAGGGCUCUUCAGUAUCCGCACCCAGCCCGAGACCAACACAGGCAUCCUGUUAGUUGAAAAGAGGCUGGACUAUGAAACAACAGUCAGACACAUGCUGACAGUGGAGGCAUGGAACUGGACACCGCUGAGUCCUGCGGCUCGAAGCACUCUCCUCUCCACUGCUCAAGUCACCAUCACACUCACUGAUGUGAAUGAAGCCCCCCGCUUUGAGGAAGACCCCCGCGUGCUGCGUGUGCCUGAGGGGAUGAGGGAAGACAGGGUGCUAACUGUGUACACUGUGACUGACCCUGACAUCGCCCAACCCCAGAACAUAAGUUACCAUAUCCAGUACGAUCCCGCAGACUGGCUGACAGUCGAUGUUAACAGCGGUGCGGUUGUUCUUCAGCAGAACAUCAGGCGGCAGUCACCAUUCCUGAUCAACCACCAGUACAUUGCCCUGAUCACUGCCACUGACGAUGGUGAACCACCGCACACGGCAACAGGAACCCUGGAGAUACAUAUCACCGAAGUGAACGAUUAUGCACCAGUCCUGCACCCGCUGGUGGCUUUUGUCUGUAGUCAGUCAGCAGGAGUGGGGGGAGUCAUUGUUUGGGCAGAUGAUGCUGACCUGGACCCCCAUGCCAAGCCCUUCCAUUUUGAGAUUGUUCCUGAAAAUUCCCAGAUUUCCCAGAACUGGACAGUACAGCUCCUCAAUGACACCCAUGCAAGGCUGGGAAUGCACUGGGACGUUUCCGAAGGGACUUACCGUGUGCUGAUUCAAGUCAGUGACUCUGGAGAGCCACAGAUGAGCCAGGAGCACAGCUUGAAUGUGACAGUAUGUCACUGCACUGGUGAUGAGGAGUGUUCGCCAGGAGCAGCAGCUGUGCUUGGAUCCCGUGCGGGCCUGAGUUUUGGGGCCUGGAUGGUGAUUCUCAGCAGCGUCCUGCUCUUAUUGUUUCUUAUCCUGCUGGUGGUGGUCUCAGACUGGCUUCAUCAGCAACUCCAUCGCAAGGGGCUCCUGACUGUGUCUGAAGAUGAUAUCCGGGACAAUAUUUUGAACUACGAUGAACAGGGAGGAGGAGAGGAAGAUCAGGAUGCCUAUAACAUCGACCAGUUGAGAAACCCAGAUGAAAUUCUGCCCCAGACUCCAAGCAGAGGAAAGGAACCGAUCAGAAAAGACGCUCCCUUCACCUACGGGCAGCCUCGCUAUCCCAGGAAGCCUCCGACUGACCCGUACAACAUUGCGGACUUCAUCAAUGAGGGACUGGAUGCAGCUGACAACGACCCAAACGCUCCUCCAUAUGACACCGCACUGAUCUAUGACUAUGAAGGCGAGGGCUCUCUGGCUGAGACAUUGAGCUCCAUCACAUCCCGGGCCUCCGACUCUGACCAGGAUUACGACUACCUUAGUGACUGGGGCCCUCGUUUCAAAAAACUGGCGGACAUGUAUGGUGGUGUUUAG